CUCUUUUCUUUCUUCUUUUUUUCUUUCUUACUUCAUAUAAUCCCACUAUCGUCCCUUCAGUACUGAAUGGCAGAAGUACCGCCUGUAGUGCCUCAACCAGAAGUAUCCGCUGCACCACAUUCAGCAGCUCCUUCCGCUGCUCCAAUGGCUCCGGCAGUCAACGAUGUUCCUCCUCCUCAAACAGGUAUACUUACUCAGUCUCAUUCGGCAGCACCCAUUCCAGCCCAACCAGCUGCUCCAAUCAGUGCUACUGUUGCUCCUACUGUAAUCUCGGGACCAUCUCGAGCCUCCCAGGCAGCUGUAGUACCACACUCGUCAAUGUAUAGAAACAAUGUUGGUAUAAUGGAAGGCCUAUUUAACAAACUAAAGGUCGCAGCAGGCUUAGGAGAUCCCUUUACUACUUAUUAUCCUGGAAAUGCUUUUGUUCAGCCAUUCAUGCCGCAAGCUAAUAUGCAGAUACCAUUAAUAGCGGAUGACAGCAUAAUGAAACCACAGGCUAUCGCACCAGCCCUACCAAUACCCAUGAAUCCUGCCCUUGGCAUGACUCCUGUCAAUCAUUAUCAACAACAGCAACAAUUGCAACAAGCACAGCAGUUAUUAAUGCUGUUAAUGAUGAAUCAACAACAACAGCAUCCUUAUGUAUAUCAACAGCAACUACAGCUGCAACAGCAACAAAUGCUUGUAAACUAUUUUAUCCAACAACAACAACAACAACAAGCAGCUAUGAUGGCAGCUGCACAGAGAUCAGAUAUGAUGUAUCCAGCGACAGUAAUGAACACAUACCCUCAGUAUCAUAUGCCUUAUUACCCACAAUAUCAGCAUCGAACGUAUCCAUAUGAAGAUUAUACAAGAAGUUAUUAUAAUCCAUCUUAUUACGACACAAGGCAUAGAGCCAGUAGCUUUUACCCACAAAGAACACGCAACUUUAGCUCAGUUAAAGAUUUACGUCCAUAUUAAUAUUAAAAAAAGUGUUCUUUAUCUCAUAAAACCAGAAGAAAAAAAAAGACAAGGGGAGGCUCAGUUUCCCUAUUUCGUCAUGUGUCCUUUUUUUUUCAAUUACAGUGCUUCUACCUUCAGUUUUUCAGUGUAAUUUCAUAUUUAAUGUGUG